UUAUUUCGUGGGGUCCUUUCCGGCUUUCCCCCCUCCUUCUUCCCCUUGUCUUCAAAUUGCUUCAACUGGAAACAAUCAAAAGAUUCUUCUUUUCCCAAUUUUCCUUUCUCUUUCUCACUCGUGUUUCAAUUUCCCGCUACUGGGCAAGUUCUUAAACUCACUAGAACCAACUUCACUUCUCUCACACGCUUUUGACUUUUGUCCCAUAGCUUGAUGAUGCCAUUUGAAUGAAGGAAUUAUGCACGAGUACAACGUUGCUGUUCUGGAUCACACUCUCAUCACUUAAUUUUCCAUCUACCUCACGAUUAUUGGAGAAAGGCACAAGGGUUUUCCGUUUUCCCUAGUUUGUGACGAUGACGAGGUUUCAGCAUAAACGGUUCUGCUUUGAUGCUUCUGGUUGCUGUUUAAAUCAUUAUUUGGGAACUGCCACUGGUCCUACAUCUUCCUUGUGUUUCAAUUUGUACAGCUCCUUUUUGUGUGUCUAUAUGCUGACUUGAAGAGUAUUUUAGUUAUGCUUCUGGGUUUAGCUCCUUCACUGUGAAAAGCUUGGAUAGGUGUUGCAUUGGAUGCAUCACCAAAGGGUGCAAAUAUAUCUGACUUUGGUUGGAGGUUUUUCUGUUGUUUAGUGUUAGCUUAGAUUUGAAAUUAUGAUCAAACAGAUACUGGGCAAGCUUCCUCGGAAGCCAUCUAGGUCUGCUGACAAUCGUGAAUUUGGGGCUUCAUCAACCCCAUCCCUGAUUACGGCUGAUCCUGGACUUAUGACUAAUGAAGCAAUAGUGUCGAAUAGCGCAUCUGUUUCCAACCCUGAUGCUGCUUUCAGGUCAGCAUAUAAUCAUGGGAGUAAAGUUCAUGCGGGUGUAAACUCAAAACUAAAUGGUAAUUCGAUAAAUUCCCCUUAUGAAGCGUUGCCUAGUUUUAGGGAUGUUGUAAACUCUGAGAAGCAAAGCUUAUUUAUCAGGAAACUGAAGUUGUGCUGUGUAGUUUUUGACUUCACCGACCCGACGAAGAAUUUAAAGGAAAAAGAAAUCAAAAGACAGACAUUGCUUGAGCUGGUGGAAUAUGUCACUUCUGUAAAUGGGAAAUUUACCGAAACUGUUAUGCAAGAAGUUAUCCAGAUGGUAUCUGCUAACUUAUUUAGGUCACUUAAUCCACAGCCCCGUGAAAACAAGGUUCUAGAAGCAUUUGAUCUGGAAGAUGAGGAACCACUGGUAGACCCUGCCUGGUCUCACUUGCAAAUUGUGUAUGAAUUUCUUCUGAGGUUUGUUGCAUCUCCUGAGACUGAUGCAAAGCUGGCUAAGAAAUACAUUGAUCACUCGUUCGUUCUCAGAUUGUUAGAUCUCUUUGAUUCUGAGGAUCCCAGGGAGAGGGAAUAUCUGAAAACUAUCCUGCAUCGGAUCUAUGGAAAGUUUAUGGUUCAUCGCCCAUUUAUUAGGAAAUCUAUCAACAACAUAUUCUUCCGAUUUAUUUUUGAAACAGAAAAGUUUAAUGGGAUUGCUGAGCUUCUUGAGGUAUUGGGAAGUAUAAUUAACGGAUUUGCACUGCCACUCAAAGAAGAGCACAAAUUGUUUCUUGUUCGUGCUUUAAUCCCUCUUCAUAAACCAAAAUGCUUGGCUAUGUACCAUCAGCAGUUGUCAUACUGCAUUUUGCAGUUUGUUGAAAAGGACUGCAAGCUUGCAGAUACUGUUAUAAGGGGUUUGUUGAAAUACUGGCCAAUCACUAAUAGCUCAAAAGAAGUCAUGUUUCUAACUGAGCUAGAGGAAGUUCUGGAAGCUACUCAGCCACCAGAAUUCCAAAGAUGCAUGGUGCCUCUGUUCUACCAAAUUUCCCGUUGCUUGGGUAGCUCACACUUUCAGGUGGCAGAGAGGGCUCUAUACUUGUGGAACAAUGAACAUAUUGAGAGUUUAAUCAGACAAAACCGGAAAGUAAUACUGCCUAUUGUAUUCCCUGCAUUGGAGAAAAGUAGCACUUCCCAUUGGAAUCAACUAGUCAAGAACUUAUCCCUUAAUGUUCAUAAAAUCCUGUUGGACGCUGACCCCGAGUUCUUUGAGGAGUGCUUGAAUAAGUUCCGAGAGGACGAAGCGAUUCUGGAAGAGGGGAAACAAAAACACGAAGCCACGUGGAAGCUCAUAGAAGAGGUUGCUGCAGCAAAGCUCGAAAAGCAAUGAGACAACUCUUUGUCUCUAUCACUGUAUCCUCCCAAGCAUGUCGUAGGACUCAAUUUUUCAUUGGCUUGCUGGCAUUAAUGGUUCAUGUUCUACACAAGGUUAAAUUUCAUUUGCCUGCUGUUCUUGCCUGUAUUUGAAUUGUUCAAUUUUAGAAAGGAUGCUGCAACUGAGCCCAACAUUAUGUGAUGGAGGAAGGGUCACUGGUUGUUACUUGCUUUGAACACCACAUUCCUGAUAUUAUUAAUGUACUUUGUAGAUUCAGCUAUAGUUCUCCGACUCAGGUAUUCUUACAUGCUCAGACAUAUAUUUGCAUUAUUCAGUCUGGUUACAUAUGUAUGUAUUACAUACAACAGACCUAUUAUUUGUUUGUCACUGGAAUUUGUAUUUUUCCUUCCAUGCAUAAA